CUUUACUUUGUAUCAUAGUUCGAUUUGGAUUCGGACUUGAAAAUAAUAUCGAGCUCGACAUUGAUCGGCCCCUCGGACUCGAAGCUUGUUUGUGCCAUCUUCGGGACCCGUCUCGAAGUCUCCUUCGAUCGAUUAUCUUUCGAACUCGAUCAAUUGUACGAAGGACGAAAUCUAUUUCGAUUGUUUACAGAUAGUCCCCUCGUUUCUUAGGAAGAAUGUGGUAAGAAACGAUAUGAUUUUUCAACGGCUCGAUCGGAUUAUAAGCUAACGCUUACAUCGGGCUCGACCAUGACGCACGUGAUAGUUGUCUCAUCGAUUUAGUCUUUCAAGGUAUUUAAUGCAUGUCAGACAGUGGUCGGCCACCGUUGAUACUGAACCGCCAUUGCAUAAACCUAUAACUAACCCUUCCUUUUAUCAUUUAUCACUUUUACAUCUUCAGUCUUCCAAAUUUCCCAAUUUCUUUUUCAUAUUCUCUGAGUUUAUUCACAAAUUAGUGAUUUCUCUUUGUAAAAGUUUUCUUCCAAAUUACCAAAUCUUCCUCACCUUCUUUAAAUCCAAAAUGGUGAAGACAUCCAAAACCGUCCCCCCAAAAGAAAAAGCUUUUUCUUCCCAAUCCGCCACCGAUAAAACACCGGUGGAUCCUCGUCCUGAGGAGUGUGCUCCGGCGGCGUGUGUUCUUACCUCUGAUUUCAAACUCGAUAAAGGUUCACCGGUUCCUGGCCGAUGUGAGCCCGUAUCGAGAUAUAUUUGUUCGAUAACUCGGGAGCACAUCGAGCGGAUAAAAAAAGAUUGUAACUGGGAGAACAAAGAGGUGGUAGUGUCGUCUCCCGAAGAGGAUAUUACUACUCACGUGAAAGGGUUUUUAAGGGUGUAUACUUACCCUUUCACAUUAGGUCCCCUCGACCCUGUUAUCAUAGAUUUUUGUCGUAAAUACCUAAUAACCAUAGGCCAGAUACAUCCUUCCUUUUGGCGGAUCGUUAUUUUGAUCCGAUAUUUUGUGAGUAAAAUCAAGGGGAUGCCUUUCACCCUCGAUCAUCUUGUUCGAUUAUACCGUCCUCGUCUUUUUCGAGGAGGGUUAAUAAAACUCCAACGUCGAGCUACCAAGGCUUUGUUCUCGAGUAUAGACGAGGAUAAGGAUCGAGACUGGAUGGGCCAGUUCGUUCGAGUGAGGAUUUCGGACCUGAUCCCCACCAAAAAGAUGCAUUUUCCCGAGGAAUGGAACUUGAAGCGUGAGUGUAAUUCUAUUGUUAUCUCCUAUUAUUUUGUUCCUUCAUUUAUUUUCUCACCAAUAUUCCCCUUUUGUGAUACAGCGGUUCCCUGGAUGCCCGGCGCAGUGCCCGGUCUCAAGAGCUGGGUACGUGAUCUAGUUUCGACCUACUUAUAUGCCGAGCGCUCAUGGCGUGACUUGUCAAAGGGCCGAUGGGAGGCCAAAAAUCACGGUGUGGGCAAAGAUGUGGAAUUGAGGCCCUCAUCCGUCGAAGAAGAGGCUUCGGCCUCUGUCCCAAAGCCGGUGAAAGAUAAUAAGAGGAAAAAAGCCCCCGUCCUUGAAGAUCAAAAACCGAAGAAGAGGACGGCUCGUAAGCCGAACAAGAAUGCCACUCUUUUGACCGUAGAAUCAGUUCUGCAUCUGAGGGAUGAAGAAGAAGAAGAGAACGAUGGGUCUGCACUGGCGGCCCGAACAAAGAAGACUAUCGACGUUCCACAGGCAGUUGUAUCGAUGGUGGUUCACAAGGCUCUGCCUCGAACUGAGGAUAUAUCGGAGAGAGAUUCGGGCAGAGUCCCCGAGCUACUGGAGAUCAAAGAUAUUUCUCAUCGAAGCUGAUGGGUGGGGGAUAUGUCUG